AUGCCGGUCCAGUGCGCUGCGAAUAGUAUGUACGACUUUCGGUUGGCGUCGGUGUUGUUGGCGACGGUCGUCGUCGCGGUCGGCGCAAUGAUCGGCGGCGAGUUGUCGACCGUCGAAAAAUCGUUACAGUUUGAAGCGGCGUUUCAAGGUGAGCUUUUCAAACGUUGUGAUGAUGGUUUUAAUGGGGAAAAAAAAACCACAAGAACAGCUUAA